GAUCUAUGCCUUUAGGACCAUGUUGAGGGCACUCUCGUAUCCUUUCUGGUAGUAUUUUAUUCAAGGUUCUAUGACAGUCUGAUUACAAUUGUUCUAGUUCUCGUAAAGAGGAAUAUUUUUACUUGUUUAAAAUGAAGGAAUUAAAUUAAUGUGGUUAUUAAACGACACGCCAUAUGUAAAUUUUACCUAACAGACAUUAUUAAAAUAUGGCAGAAUCUGUUGGACCAAUACUUCAUGUGAUUGUCGUUGGAUUUCAUCACAAAAAAGGAUGUCAAGUAGAAUAUUCAUUUCCUCCUUUGGUGCCAGGGGCUCCAAAUGAAUGUCCGCUAGGUUGGAAAUAUUUGCCAACUCUUGCUUUACCAGAUGGAUCUCACAAUUACGAUGAAGAUACAGUUUACUUUCAUUUACCUAGCUUAAAUGAUGCAAAACGCACAAUAUAUGGUAUUUCGUGCUUUAGACAAAUCCCAGUGGAGAAAUUAAAAAAUCGUACAUCUGAUAUAACAAGAGGAACUGUUCAGAAAUCUGUGUGUGUACUAAGUACAUUACCAUUGUAUGGUCAUAUUCAAGUUAAAAUGGCAUUAAUAACACAUGCUUAUUUUGAAGAAGGUGACUUCAGUAAAGUAUCAUUAUUAGAAGAUACUUAUCAUCAUCUCAAUUCUUGUAUGAGUAGUGAAAGUCAAACACCACCUCAAGUCUUUGUCGGGUUGUCUGCAAGGGAUUUUAUUUUACAAUUCCGUCACAAAGUUCUUUUAUUAUUUAAAUUACUUCUAUUAGAAAAGAAAAUAGUCUUUUAUCAGUCACCAGUGCAACCAUUAUGUGCAGCAAUAUUGACAUUGCUUUCUCUAUUUCCAAGUAUGAUUGAAAGUGGUUUACAGCAAGCUGCUUAUGUUAGACCAUCUAGACCAAUGUCACCUAUACCUACAUUCGAAGAAGAAGAAAUAGUACACAGUAUUGAUAACAAUAUAUCUUCUAUAAAUUCUGUGAAAGAUAACAUAUCAGACACAGAGAAAGAACAUGUUAAUGGUAAUUCUAAUAAACAUUCAGUAUGUAUAAAUGAUAAUAAAGCUGUUGAAACCAUGGAAGGUAAAUGUAUGGAUGAAUUUAAUAACUUGAGCCUACAGAAAAAUAAUAAUGAAAACGAAAAUUUAAAUAUGAAAGUUAUCGAAGUUGAAGCCGCACAAGAAUGUACUGAAUCAUAUGCAGAACAAAAUAAUACCAUGUAUUCUAGAAAACCAAAUGAUUAUGUACACAGAGUACAAAGUGUAAAUACAAUUACGUUAGGUGCAACGGAUACAGACAAUACUCUACCGCGUGACACAAGUAACGAUGCGCUUUCAGAUGCUCGUUUAACAAAUAAUAUCACUCAAAUUGCUCAUAUAAAUCCAGAACUUUGUGGUUUACCUUUAAGUCUGUUCACAAAGGGUUAUCUGUGUUUACCAUAUUUAUCGUUACCAUAUCUGGAUCUCUUGGCAGAUGUUAAUGUAAGAGGAUACAUAGUGGGAGUUACAAAUGUUUUAUUUAAGCAAAAGAAGCAACUCAUUGAUGUAUUAGUAGAAGUUGAAAAUACACGGAUAGAAACAAGUGAUCCUGAAUUAAGAAGACAGCUGCAUCUUACAACAGAAGAUCUCAGAUUUGCUGAUUAUAUAGUUCGACACGUAGCGGAGCCACGCAAAGAUAUUUUUUUGGAUGGUGUGGGAUGGGAAGGUGGAGAUGAAUGGAUCAGAACUCAAUUUCGUGUUUACUUACUAAGUAUGUUGCGAACAUCUAUGCAACAAGAUACUCGUCAAUCUGAUCAUUAUAAUUCCGCAUUCAUUGCUGCUUGGCGUACUACAAAUAACUACAAAAUGUGGGGUAAUUCUAAUAAGCCAGAAAUAAAUAAUAUAGAACCUGGUCACCCAUUUGCAGGACAAUUAUCAGUCCAAGAUAUGAAAUUACGGUUGUCACAUACAAUGCAAAAUACAGAAAGUGGUAGAAAGAUAAAUCAAGCAAUGGCAUCAACUGGCAGAGCUGUUGCAACAACAGGAAAAGCUGUAGGUGGUGCACUUUCGCAAGCGAAAGGAGCUUUUUCCAACUGGUGGAGCACAUUAACUACUGUUCAACCAGUUGAAGAAGGAAAACCUGACAAUCAAACUUCAAAUUUACAUCAAACACUUUCAAAUAUGACUCAUAAAACUACUAUUCAAGACGAAGAAAUGAACGUGUCUACUAAUGACACGAGUUUAGAAGUUGUUAUUGAUUAAUAUAGAAGACAGCAAAGUUUUUAAUCGCUUGUUACAGUGAUUAGAAGAAAUUUUUUAAGAUAUGUAAAAAAGUGAUACUAUAUCUACCACAAUAAUAAAUAGGUUUGGUAGAGAAA